CGCUGCCGUUCGUUGCUUGGGCUAGUAGCGGUGGUGCUGUGGGAAAGAUGUCGGGCGGGGAGGCCUGUGAUGGAAAGAAGCUGGUUCGCUCGUCCAGCGGACUCCGCAUGGUGCCAGAGCACCACGCCGCCCGCAGCCCUUUCGGCCUAGACGAGCCGCCUUGGGUGCCUGAUAAGGACUGUCCAAGAUGUAUGCAGUGUGAAACGAAGUUUGAUUUCAUAACCAGAAAGCACCAUUGCCGGAGAUGUGGGAAGUGCUUUUGUGACAAGUGCUGCAGUAAAAAAGUGCCUCUGCCUCGUAUGUGCUUUGUAGAUCCUGUGCGCCAGUGUGCUGAAUGUGCUUUCAUCUCUCAGAAAGAAACAGAAUUUUAUGACAAGCAGCUUAAAGUGCUUAUGAAUGGUGCUACAUUCUCUGUUGCUCGGGGAACAUCAGAAAAAUCGGAGAUGAUGGUUUGUCGACUUUCCAACAACCAGAGAUAUCUGUUUCUGGAUGGAGACAGCCAUUAUGAAAUUGAAAUUGCACAGAUUUCAACUGUCCAGAUACUUACAGAGGGAUUUACUCCUGGAGAAAAAGAUAUUCACACUUAUACCAGCCUUCUGGAGAGCCAACACAUUACUGAAGGAGGCAAUACUCGUGCCACAGGUAUGCUCCUGCAGUAUAAGGCACCAGGGUCAGAGGAGCUCACACAGAUGAAAUUUACUGCCAGUGAAGACUUCAAUUCUAACAAGAAGCUGUCAGCAGCCUGGCUAGCAGCUAUGCAUAAGGCAGCAAAACUCCUUUAUGAAUCCCGGGACCAAUAACAGCAGCAAGUUGUCUGAGAUCUGAGGGAAGAGACCAGCUCUAUGAAAAACCGCUUCUCACUUUUUGCUAGUUACUUUGAUCCAUGUAAUUGGUAUUAUGAACCCCUCUCUACCGCAAAUGUGGUUCACUAUGUAAGCACUGGCAAAUGCAAUGUGAGUAUUUUGGAACCAUGAGUAUUCACUUAUCUAGUGUGCAAUAUGUAUACAAUUAAUGCUUUAAACAUAGCCUCAUGUUUAAGACUUUAUAUUUUGUUGUCUUCUUAUUGGCACUUAAUAUGGAAAAUGAAAGUAUGACCUGCACUACAGCUAAAAUGUAUAGCACAAUUUUUGUAGUACCAA